CCACUUCCAAUUCAUGAAUUAUCCUCGAACAUUAUUAUGAACUUUUGACCCCAAACGAAAACAUGAGCAGCUUCACUAACACCACCACCACGACGACUCAAUUCCACGCUCACAUCAACAAAUUCCAACCCCAUCACCUCCCGAAGACCCGAAUCCCCAUAACAAUCCGAGCCUCGCUUCAAGGUGAAGAAAAUACGGCAUGUCGUCGGCGCAUCGUUACGACACUCCUAGCCACGUCUUUGGCACUUGGAGUACUGAAUCCCGCCACCACGCCAAUGGCUCUAGCUCAGAAUUGGGGCACUCGGUCCUUCCUCAAGGAGCGGUUUUUCGAGCCCGGGCUGUCGCCGGAAGACGCCGUGGCUAGAAUCAAGCAAACCGCGGAAGGGCUACAUAGCAUUAGGGACAUGUUGGAGAGCAUGUCUUGGAGGUAUGUGUUGUUCUACAUUCGCCUAAAGUCGGCCUAUCUUAGGAAUGCCAUGACUACUUUGCCCCAAGGCCGGCGAAGUGAUUAUGUUAAAGCUGCUAAUGAGUUAGUGGAUAACAUGGCCGAGUUUGAUUAUUACGUUCGCACGCCAAAGGUGUAUGAAUCAUACUUGUUCUACGAGAAGACACUGAAAUCCAUAGACGACGUUGUGGCAUUACUGGCCUAAAUAGAAGCUGUCAUUUCAAUAUCUUAAUCAGCGUCGAGAGAUGGCCACAGAUGUUACGAUGAUGAUCAAAAUGAAGACAACCACAGAGACAAAAGAACCGAUCAGA